AUGGAGGCAUGUGCUGUUUUCCCCGACGACAUCCUUGUUGAGAUCCUCUCGCGACUCCCCGCCAAGUCAGCGUACCGCUUCAAGUGUGUCUCCAACCCGUGGCGCUACCUAAUCUCCGACCGCAACCACUGCAAGAGGCUGCCGCAGACCCUCGCCGGCUUCUUCUACGUUAGCGAGAGCUGGGACAACAACCGCCUCUGCCCAAUCUUCGAGCAACACUUCUGUAAUCUAUCGGGUUGCCAACCGCCGUUGGUUAAUCCCAUGCUCCCGUUCCUGCCCAACCAUGCUGACAUGAGCGUCUUGGACUGCUGCAAAGGCCUCCUCCUCCUCCUCUGCCACCACACUAUGAUUACUUCGUCUGCAAUCCCGCUACUGAGAAAUGGGUAG